UUUUUUUUUUUUUUUUGCAUUUCUAAAACAUCAAAGAGAAGAUGAGUUAUUUUCAGCUGGAUGAUUUUUUUGCAGGCUGGAUAGGAGGUGCCUCCAGUGUGGUUGUAGGACAUCCACUUGACACGGUGAAGACACGUUUACAAGCUGGAAAAGGCUACAAGAAUACCUUCCAGUGUAUUCUAACCAUCUACAGAAAGGAAACUUUUACUGGCUUUUUCAAAGGCCUGUCCUUCCCGCUAGCAAGCAUCGCACUGUAUAACUCAAUGGUGUUUGGCUUCUUCAGCAAUGCUCAGAGAUUUAUUAGCGAUCUUCGUUAUGGUGACAAAAGGCGCCCGUGUAAUAUGGUUGACCUUACCGUGGCCAGCAUGAUGACCGGCCUGGUAUCAGUGAGCCUGGGGGCCCCGGUGGACCUAAUCAAAAUCAGACUGCAAAUGCAAACUCAACCCAUCCUUUCACGUAAUGUCCCUCUUCGAUCAGUGGGGCUCCAGAAUCAGCAUAAAGAGUGUACAGUAUACAGAGGACCUCUUCACUGCAUCAGCAGCAUCCUGCAGGCUGAGGGAAUCCAAGGACUCUAUAGAGGAGCAGGAGCUAUGAUACUCCGUGAUGUGCCUGGUUAUGCCCUUUAUUUUAUCCCAUACACACUCUUCUGUAGCUGGCUGAACCCUAACAGUAAUGGCUCCCCUCACCCCUGCUCCAUAUGGCUUGCUGGUGGGUUAGCAGGAGCUAUCUCCUGGGUCACAGCAACGCCGGCUGAUGUGGUUAAAAGUCGACUGCAAGCUGACACAAUGCACCACAGAAAAUAUAAAGGAAUUGUUCAUUGUAUCAUACAAAGUUACAAGACUGAGGGACUGCAUGUCUUCUUCCGUGGUGUAUCAGUGAAUGCCAUCAGAGGAUUUCCAAUGAGUGCUACAAUGUUCCUGAGUUAUGAGUUGUCUCUCAAGUUCUUACGAAGCUUGUGAGAAGUGUCCAGAAUUCCACCAAAACUGAGACUUUUAAUGUGGAACAUUUUUAAUGUUAAGAAUUUUGGUCCACAAUCUCACUAUGUGCCAACAUUUAAGUUUAAUGGACUAAAUGUGUG